UCCCAGAUAUGUCAGCCUCAAAUACGUAAAAAACCAUAUAAAAAAUCCUCAGGCCUUCAUUUCACCUUCCAGGAUUCUGUUUUGUUAAUCAUCUGAUAGCACCAUGAGUGGCACCUAUGGUAAUUUUACGCCACGAGAAAAUCAGCAGCGUGGAUGGGAUGAAUGGAACGUUUGGCAACCAUAUCUAAGUGACUCUCGUCCAGCAUGGAGAUCUCCGUAUCAUCAAGCACCUGCACCAGAUCCAUGGUGGUUGAUUGAGGACAGACCGACAGGACGACCUUCUGGCUUAGCCAGUUCUUCAUCACCAGCGCCUACGCAUUCUCCUGAUUUAUUUCUAAUUGGGAAUGGCACAUCAAGAAAUACCUAUUCGACGCACAGACAGCCAGUACCUGAUUCUCCUCCAAGCUACUACGAACCACGAUACUCACCAACCUCUGAGCUGGAGUCGAACUUUACAAAAGAAGAACAAGAAAAGGCCUUGAAUAAGCUGAGAAAAGUAAUGAUUAAUCCGCAUCUGAGUAAUAUAGUGAGGAGAAUGGAAAUGAAGUAUAAAACCGAUGGCAAAAACCAACCCAGCGGAAGUGGUAACUUUCAGGACGACGAUGGUAAAAGGUGCGCCAUUUGCUUGGAUGAUUUCGACUCUAAACAGUAUGUGAUGCUCACUCCGUGCAAUCAUAUGUUUCAUGAGGAAUGCAUUGUGCCAUGGGUGAGGAGCCAAGGGAAGUGCCCUGUUUGUAGAUUUGUGAUUUCUGAACGAAAUGCAUCGUCCCAAAACAAUAGCAGGCGCGUUGCACUUGAACGGGAUUUGAUGUCAAUUAUAUGGGAAUUCAGAGCUCUUUAAGGAGAAAUCGCAGACAACCUAAUGACGAACUGAAUGUUCAUCUGAAAUGAAAGGAAAAAUCGAUAAAAAUGUCUGAUACAUAUGUUAAAAUACCGGCUAGUUGCCAUUGUGAUUCCUGUCAAAGAUUUACAGCUCCGAAAAAUAUGAAAGUAGUAUAAGCAAUAAUUAUUUUCAGUGUGAUUUUCA